AUGCGAUCGAGCAGUCCGACCACUAGUCCGACCGCCGAUGGUCGCACGAGCGACAACAGCGACGACCAGAAGGCCCAGCCCCUCUCCGCGAUCGCCCAGCAGGCCUACGACCGCUACGGCGUCCUCGACCCCAUCAAGCUCGACCUCAUGAUCCGUGGCAUCUUCAUCACCCGCGAGGACGCCGCCGCCCUGCCCCACCGGAUCACCACCGACGGCUGCGCCGAGGUCAAGGCUGGGGGGAGCCAUUACCAGCGGCCUUGCAAGUCCCAUGCGGCCCCCCGCCUGGCCCCUGUGACCCCCACGAGGGCUCGAACAUCCCGGGCGGCUCGGGCGCCCUCGGUGGUUUCUUCGUCCGCCCGCACUGAUGUCAGCGCGAUCCCUAGCGAUCACGAGAAGUGGACGGAGGGCGAGAUCAAGCUGCUCAUCAAGCUGCGGUCGGAGAGGAUCGGGUUUCGGGACAUUGCGGACCACUUCCCGAGCAAGAACCAGAAGGCCGCGCAGGAGAAGUUCUACAAAGCAAUCAAGGACACAAGGGAGCCCCGCUGGAAGCAGCUGUACGAGGACCUGCGGGCCCAGCACGACGGUAUCAUAACCCCCUGCGCCGUCAAUGUCGAGAAUCCCAUCGACAUCAUGGAUGAGGACACCAUCGUGCAACCCACUGAGAGUUCCAGCCAGACACUCAGCGAGACUACCAUCGCGGAUGAGGACAGUGUCAAGAGUAUCCAGAAAACCCUUGCAAGCAUCAUGGACGGCGUUGAGUACACGCUCGAGGAUAUUAAGACUACCGUCUAG